UUUCUCUAGCUCCCCUAGCGCGAGAAUAAGCGAGGGAUGAGCACGAGCGUGCACGGCUAUGGCGGCCGGCCAGUACUUCCCUGCCGCGCCUCCGCAAUGCUUGGAGGCCGUGGGAAUGCCGGCGGCCGAGAUCUUCGUUCUUGAGAGAUAGAUAGAUCGAUCGAUCGGGCAGUGGGAGGGGAAAAUUUCGGCCUUGCGAGGAUGAUCAGCUCAAGCAUGAAUGUGGUGAUGACGGUCUUGGGAUUCGCGGUGAGCGCGACGUUCAUCGUCUUCGUUUGCGCGCGGCUGCUGUGGCGGCGGCGGAGGCGGCGCGGGGCAGCGGCGCCGGGAUUUCAAGUAGCUUCGAUGGAGAGGAGCUUGAGUGGACUUGAGCCAUCGGUGGUUGCGACGUUUCCAAGCGUGAAGUACAACCAGCGGAUGUUUUCGCGAGAAGAUGCCUUAUGUACUGUGUGUCUCAACGAUUAUGCUGAGAAAGAAAUGCUUCGCCUCCUUCCAUGGUGUGGACAUGCCUUCCACAUCGACUGUAUAGACGCAUGGCUGAGACAACACUCGACAUGUCCCAUCUGCCGGCUCUCUCUCCGCAGUUCUCCGGACAGGCGGCUGGUAAACUAUUCCCAGAUGAAUCCUCAGAUGGCUCCAGCGAUCAGACCACUGUUUGAUCCAGAGCUGCAGCUCUCGAAUGAGAUGGAGCUUCAGUCACAGCAUCCUCAGCAUCCUCAGCAGCAGCAAAGUGUAGUCAGCCAGCAGCAAGGAUGGAGCUCUCAAGUUUUCGAGUACGAAGGAACCGGGAGCGACCACCGAAGGCUCGUGAGCAGCAGACCAAUGAGGCCUGGAAAAUGGAGUCUUAAAUUGUGGAAGAGGUCGGAUAGAGAUGACGAGCAUGGAGGUGGUGGUGAUCACUCUGCUCAGCUCUUUGGUGCUCCUAGCUCGCAAGAUUCCUCGGUGACUAUCAACAUCAACAUUGGUCAGAUGCCUCCACACGAAGUGAGUGGAGCUAACAAUCACGACAGUGACGCCACCAACAGCAACAGAUCGGACGUUUCAUCCGCGAACGACGUGAGUAUCAGUCUCCAAAGUCCGCGGUGUGCAAACGGCCGUGAUGGUCGACAUGACGAGCAGCGAGAGAUAAAUGUGGACUCGAGCCAUCACAGCAGACCCGUGAACCUGUCAAUCGAGCUCAACGUGUGUGACGGCGCGAUUCUUGGAUACUCGGCAGCGUCCCGCUCGUGAAUCGUUUCCAAGUUGACAAUGCUUUCGCUCUCAUGAACGUUUUUUGUUCGUUUCUCGUUCCAAUGUACAGAAGAAAAACGACGACGUCCUUCAUUUC